UACGCGGGCGACCCGCGGUACAGCACUGUUUUGGUUCUGUCUUCUUUCGGUCCAAUCGUCGCUGAGACGCCCGAUGGAGAUCUUCACUCAGCUGCUCACUUGGACGCCAUCGAUGAACAUCUUCGAGUCGCGUGUUGUGCUCUGACUUCAGUGCUGCCUUAAAAUUAGGAACAAAGUGAUCGGUGCAGAAAUCCUCCACUGCAAGCUAUGGCGGACUCCUUCUGGCAGCUCACCGAAGGUGCAUCAAAAUUCUGUCGGGACUGUAUGGGCUCCGUGGGAAAACGAUAUGAUGCCAUGACGGCGAAGAGCCGAAAUGUCAAAACGAAAGAAAAAAUCGAAAGUACCACAUCAUCCUCGCGAUGCUGCUGUUUCAGCUAUAGAAUUUGUUCCAUCCUCCUGUUAAUUCUUGCGUGCGUCAUGACGGGCGUCGCGACAGUAUUGUUUACGCAGUUCGACAAAUUUUUCGACAACGCCCUCAGAGAUCAGAUGCAUCUAGGCCCGAACGGACUUGUGUUUCCCGCCUGGAGAGUAUCCGAGCUGAGGACGAACAUGCGAUUGUAUCUGUUCAAUAUAACGAAUCCAGAUGAGGUGAUGCUCGGAGACAAACCGAUCCUCCGCGAGAUCGGCCCGUACACGUGGAAAAUCCACAUGGAUAAGUUCGACAUCAACUUCUACCCGAAUUACACACUCAGUUAUCGCGAGAACAAGUGGUUCGAAUUCCUUCCUGAUCAAAGUGUAGGAACUUACGACGAUAUAGUGACCACGGUGAACGUCCCUUAUGCGGCGGUAGCUCAGCGAUUGAAAGGCCAGAACAGUUUCGCAAAAUCGACAGCAACGUUCACUCUAAAUGGGCUGGGUCAGAACCUCAUGCAUUAUCGUCGUGUGGGAGAACUGACUUUCGAAGGAUACCCGGAUUUCCUGAUACUAGUCGCAAGCGCUGUCGAGAAAGGGAAAGAAGAGGAAUCCGGACUCGGAUCUUUCCUUGGGGCCGGUUUCCGAUUCGUCACGAAUCUUCUUGUCGAUCAGAACCUCCAAGGAAACUUUGGCUACUUCAUCGAUCGGAACAAUACAGAUGACGGCGUUGUGACCAUUUUCACCGGGGAAGAUGAACGCAGCAAGAUAAACAAAGUCGAUGUUGUUAAUGGUAGAAAAGAGCUUACUACAUGGCCCGUCGCACGAUGCAAUAAGAUCACUGGCACCAUGGGUCACUUACGGCCGCCAGCUAGUGGUGAAAAGCCGGUGGAUGUUUUCGUGCCGGAUCUCUGCCGCUCUUUACCGCUACGGUAUGAAAGAGAAAGCAUGUACGAAGGCCUCUCUACCCUGCGUUUCGUUGCGGGCAAAGAAACCUUCGACAACUCGAAGACCGACGCGUGUUUCGCAGGACCGCGUAAUUUCUCUAGUGGUGUCAUGGACAUUGGGCCUUGCAAGAAAGAUGCUCCCCUUGUCGUUUCCUUCCCCCAUUACUUGUACGCCGACGACAAACACUUGGAUUCCGUAGUUGGGAUGAAUCCAAAGAAAGAAAAACACCAGUUUUACUUAGAGAGCGACCCCUUGACUGGCGUCACGGUCUCUGUGAGAGCGCGAUUCCAAGUCGGGGUGAUCUUGGAACGUGUCUUCGGACUCGGAAACCUCGGCAGGAUCUUCGAAGGCAAUAUUCCAUUGUUCUGGCAGGAGUUGCAAUUGGAAGCGUUGCCCCCUACCGUCUUCCAGCUGAAGUUGUUGCGUGAUCUACCUUCGUAUGCGAAACAAGCAGCCGUAGCUAUGGUGGUGAUGGCAAUCGUCACUGGAAUGAUUUCCGUGUUCUUAGCGCACCGGGAUUGGCGGAACGGGCGUCAGAUGAAGGUCGUUCCCGAGAGAUCGCUACCCGUGGUCGAACAGGCAUACACGAAUCACGUCUACGAGAAUCAAGACGAAGCUGUCCGAUACAAAGUUUCUCCAGUUCGACCACAGAAUGGCACUAACUUGCCCAAGCAAGUUCCUUCGUAGGCUGCGCGCACAUUGCAGCCCUCAUGGGGACAGCUAUAGUAUUAUGAUGUUGUGGUGGUUUGGUUUUGCCAUAUGAGUUGUGACUUUUAAAUGAACAAACAUUCGCUACAUUGUUAUGAAGAUGUCCCUCCAGCAUCCACCGGAGUAUUCUGCUCAACUGGCACGUGCCUAGUCCUAGAUAAAGACAAUUCCUCACACGGCGUAUAGAACGAUGGAAACCCCCCGAGCCUCAUUCCGCGGGCAGCUCAUCACUAGAACGCCUCAACCAUGUUUUCGUUAUCCUGGAGGUUCUCAAAAUCGGUUCGGGAGGAAGGAAUCACGCAGACAAACGUGGAGAACGUAUGAGAAAUCAAAAACAGAGGAGCGCGGACACGCUCACCUGGCAUUCUGAAGGGAGAAACGGAGGACCAUUCCAUGUAGAAAAGGCAGUAUUUAUGCAAUCGCAGAUUGUCCUACCUUAUGGUGUAAACUGCUCUGUAAGAAAGACCAUGAAUAUUACUUGCAAGAAAUAAGUCCCGCCUCGGCUCGUAGCAGAAAAAGAGGAGACGUUCAGAGCGGUGCGAUUGGAAUUUCGUUUACUCAUGAUUUUGCGGAUAUGAGUGCAGAGUUCGAAUAAACUGUAAACCCUGCAGGGUGCUGAAGAA